AUGCACUUCUCCAUCGUCGGCCUCCUAUCCCUGGUUGCCCUGAUCAGCGCCGCGCCUGCGAAUCUCCAGGCUCGGGAUGCUACCAACUGCGGCGGCGUCCAGUACACCGCCGCUGCUGUCCAGGCCGCUGCUAAUGCUGCUUGCCAAUAUGUCGAGAGCGGCAGCCAUGCCGGAUCCUCGACUUACCCUCAUCGAUAUAACAACUACGAGGGCUUCGACUUCCCCGUCGACGGUCCCUACAACGAGUUCCCAAUCCUCAAGUCUGGCCGAAUCUACUCUGGUGGUAUGUCUUGGGGCCGUGACAAAUACUCUGUUCGAUUUCGUCUUGGGGGUUAUCUACUGACUUGCUUGACAGGCUCCCCUGGCCCUGACCGCGUUGUCAUCUCUGAUGGUUGCGACCUUGCUGGCGUCAUCACCCACACUGGUGCUUCUGGAAACAACUUUGUCGCCUGCUCCGGCACUUCGUAA